AUGCCGUCGCCCCCCCAGAGUCUGCUGAUCUGUGUGGGCAUCCUGCUGACUGUGGGGGGCGCCACCGCCAUGUUCAUCGGCCUGCAUUUCCAUUUCCCCUCCGUGUUUGGAGUCUCGCUGUUCCUGGAACUGAUCGGUAAGGUGGGGCGAUUAAUCGGGUUUGAUUUAUGGUUUAACCCACUUUACAGCUACAGGAGAGGAGAGCAGGGAGAGGAGCAGGGGCCAGGAGGCCAGGAGUCAGGUGUGCAUGUUAGUGGAUCCUGCUCCUGUUAGUCCGUGGACAGUGUAAAAGUAGUCAGCGAAAAAGUGUAUGAAGUACGGAAUUAUCAAAUACUAUAGUAUGGUGGCCGAGAACCACCACUGCUGCAAAUAAAAAAAGAAUGUAAAAAAAAAAAAGAAAAAAGAAGUCAACAGAAGUUACCAAUGCAAAAAAAAAAAAAGACCGAAGCACGCUGCAACUAAAAAAGAAACAAGCAGGUAAAAAAAAACACAAUGGAAGUGAACAACGCAAAAAAAAGGGGGCGAUGGAAAAAACAAAGUUACUCUCUGUGAAAAUAAAAGGAUGAAAAUAAAAAAAGCCACAACGGAAGUGAGCUGCCAGGGACCGAUAAUGAUGAUGCACCGAUGUUUUACGAUCCAGGCAUGGAAGACGACGGCACAAAGAUGAGCAAAGAAGUUAGUGGAAAGGUUAUUGUUGAAUUGCGCUUCAUAAACUUUUCAAUGUGUCAUUUGGUUAGGCUAUGCAGCGCCUAAGUCGAUAUGAAGUUGAACUGAAGCUAAUACUACACCGGCAUCCUCAAGUUCAACUUCAUAUCGACUCAGGCGCUACAUGGGCUAACCAAAUGACAUUGAAAAGUAUAUGAAGCGAAAUAAAACAAUACCCUUUCCACUUACUUCUUUGCUUGUCUUUUUGCCGUCGUCUUCCAUGCCUAGAUCGUAAAACACUGGUGCACCAUUAUUAUCGGUUCCUGGCAGCUCACUUCCGUUGUGGCUUUUUUUAUUUGCAUCCUUUUAUUUUUCAGUAAGUAACUUUUUUCUUUUUCUUGCAUCAGUAACUUCUGUUGUGGCUUCUUUUGUUUUGCACUCUUUUUAUUUGCAGCAGUUGCGGUUUUCGGCCACCGUACUGUAGUGAUUGUAUCAACAGAAUAUUAACCAAUCAAUCUACAGACACAAAGCAUCUUGUUUUAAAUUAAGUUAAAUUACUUUCCUACAGCUUCACCCAUCUAUCAUCUCUACCAUUUCACCCUCUGGGGCAGCAGGAGGGUGGAGCCUAUCCCAGCUGUCAUUAGGUUUGGCAGAGUAGACCCUGAACAGGUCUCUGCUACAGCUCAAAGUCUGUAAUUCAGUUUGUUCUGAUCUGGACUCAGUCAGAGCACUGAGAGUAAAGCAUUGAUGCAGUAAACAGUCCCUCCUCUAACAUAUGGUUAUUUUAUGUAUAAUGCUGCUGUAUAAAUCAUGGUGGACAGACAGGCUGACGGACAUGCUGGAGGAAAUGAAAUAUUAUUUUUUUCUGUUUAUGUCAUUUAUUUUAUCCUCUAAAAUUUAAAAGAGUUUCAUUGGUUAAGUUUUUGAGUGCAGUAAAGUCACAUGAUACAGAAGCUGCCAGAUAAAUAAGUUGUCAUAUUUAAUAAUGAUGAUCUCAGUAUCAAUCAGACUGAUCCUGAUUAUGGUUUCUGCCUCACUGGAGCAGCCAUCCUGGCUGGAGGCAGCAUGCUGGUCAGUGGACUCUGCAUGGCGAUGAAGAAGCUGCAGGUGUCGGUGCCCGGACCCUCUCUGCUGCAUCCCCGCACAGGGAUCCGCUUCAGCCCGGAGCAGGCCCUGGCUAUACAAAGGUGUGUCAGCAUGCAGCUGUGGGUGGGGGCACAUGGUUAAAGGGUAAAGGAAUAAGACAACACUGAAUAACCAGAUGAAAAGUCUUUAUCAAAAAUAUGGAAGCUAACUGGAAAAGGAAUAGGCAGAGCAGAGGUCAUUCAGGUGCAGGGAGGUGUGGGAUAGAUCUGACACUUGCUGAAGUUAUAAUUCAGACUUAUGAUCAACCUUAAAUCAUGACAAAGCCCGACAGAAAGUAUCAGACAAUGUUGGAAAGUUAGACGUCAUUGCAGCUGACCCUGAGGACCGUAAGGAUGGAGGAUGAUUACUGAAGCAGGUCAAAGAGAAAUAAAAAACAAGCAAGCAGGGCAUGAUCUGAGUUUCUCCCCACAGUCUGAGUUUUAUCAGCUGUAAUGGUUCAUACCUGUCAUAGGUGUGAUAUUGUUGGUACCUGCUGGUUAAAGAGUUCGAUUGUCCCUGGUUUUUCUUCCUGCAGGAGGUUGGACCGGAUUCGUCGGGAGAUGUCUGAGGACUCUGACAUUGGGAGGGCAGAGCCUGAACCCUGCCUCCCAUCAACCCCGCCGCCCUGGACAAUGGAACCGCCCCCGUCAUAUGACACUGUAAUGAAACAGGAAGAGACUGCAGCAUGUGAGAGCCCUGAUGACUGUCAGGCUGAGGAGGGGUGUGUCUCACCAACAUGUGAGCCAUGA